AUUGGACAGCGCUCAGACGACGGUCCUAGAGGCUUCCGUAGUCCGGAAGCGCCUAGUUUACAUUGACGAUUUGUGUCCCAAAUAUAAAUCUUUACAGACAGAUAUGGCGGAUGACGCCCUGUUUGAGUUUCUCCAUAUGGAGAUGGUGUCCCUUGUUUACAAAGACCACGCUUCCAUGAACAAGCACGACCGGGCGACUUGUGUCUCUACCCUUGAAGGAAUGGGAUUUAGAGUCGGACAGGGCCUGAUAGAGAGGUUCACCAAAGAUUCCCCUAGCUUCAAGGAUGACCUGGACGUGAUGAAGUUCAUCUGUAAAGACUUCUGGAUUAAUGUAUUCAGAAAGCAGGUGGACAACCUCAGGACCAACCACCAGGGAACAUAUGUUCUCCAGGACAACAAGUUUGCUCUGCUGACUCAGUUCUCCAGUGGAAAACAGUAUCUUGAGGAUGCUCCUAAGUACCUGGCGUACUCGUGUGGUCUGGUGAGAGGAGCACUGUCUAACCUGGGCAUGGACAGUGUGGUCACUGCAGAGGUCUCUCUCAUGCCCUCAUGUAAAUUCCAGGUGGUAAUCCAGAAAAUCUGACCCUGUCUGGACCCGGGCUAACCUAUUCUGGACCUGGUCAGGCCUUCUACCAAAACCUGACAAAGAAGAACAACUUCAUAAUGUGAAUGUUAACCUGUUGAGGGUUACGCACACUUAAAAAGAUAAACACACACACACACAUCCAGAAGGGUUUACUACAUGUUAUUUUUGUACACAGAUGUUUAUUUAUUGUCCUGAAUUUGUCAACGAUCGAUUAUAAAGAGAUAUUAACGGUUAACUUUUCUUUAAUAGAAUUCCUAAAGCACCCAGUAGAUAGUCUUUAUAGUUUUUCAUCCACAAAUCACUGCCAUCUCCUGUCUUUAUUUCCAAUUUGUAAUUAUUAUUUGUGUUAAAAGGCUUUUCAUUGUCUCUCUCCAUCCAUUAAGUUAUGAGUUUACAAUUUCCCUUCUUAAAAUGUUUACUUUUAA